AGUUCGCAUACAGGCUUGGCAAGCAGCUGGUUGACCAAGAUCUCGCGCUAUCUUCAAACCCUUCGUAAUCUUCGCAAGUCCUUUAAAACCAGCCGAUAUUUGCCCAGAAGUAUUCUUCAUAAUCUAGCGAGUGUGUAGGUAUAAAUUUUGUCGAUAUUCUCUGAAUAGUUUGAUCAUAAUUAACCGUGAAGUUUAAACUGUUCCUGGUGAUUAUCGGGCCGACAUGUUCUUUCUACGCAGCCAGCUUCCGCAAGGGGACUAUGAACGAGAUUAAGAAGCUCAAAUGUGGUGCUUUUAUCAGCGGAAAUGCUUACUCGACUAGAGGGGAUAUUUUUGCUGAGAACUCGAUCCGGCUACAUAUGACAAGCUUCUUGAGAACAGAGGAAAACGGAAAGUGUCUCUCAGGGCCACCGGCUGCCUGUACAGACCGCAGCAUCUGUGACAGUCACUGCCCUCUUAGUGUUAAUCAAAUCGUUCAUAGAUUUACGUAUCACGUGUGCUAAUUUAGCUGCCCUAGCCUCCUGUUUUGAUGUGGGCAACUCAAGGACUUCACACUACACACAUAGGUUGCCUAUUUUUUUAAACCCUUCAGACGCGAUCACAAUUCCUUUUCUUGCGGGCGGAAUUUCUCGCGGCACGAGGCUUAGAUAUAGUGUAGGUGUUAAUGUAUAUUUCCCUGCACUACCACUGACGGGGAAGUGACCAGAUUUGUUGAUUAAGCCCUCUGUGUUUGAUUUCCAGGUUACCUAAAUAGAGUUGGGGAUGAUGUCAGAACAGGGAGCUGUGAGUGCGUCCUCCAGUUCGUCUUCGUCUGAAACAGAUAGAAGAUCGCAGGAGAGCUGUACAGGAAAGCGAUCUUCUCGCGGCAAAGCAGCUAGCCCUCGCCCUCUAAAGUCAAUCUCCAAUUCUGCCAAGAGGUAGGAAAAGAUAGAAUAAACGUAGUCAGGUGGCUGAAUGUAAAGACCACGCUGGGUAGCAGCCAAGCUUGAUCUUUACAAAUGAAAUUAAGCGCACGAUAUAAAAGGGACAGAUUCAGUUUGUCUCUAAUUUGCAUGUUAACUUUGCCACGGCGCUAUUCUGCACUCUUUCGCCAGCAGGCCCGACAAAUGGGUUUAAUGAACAGAGGGGGACGUAAUUCACCUUUUCCAGGGGUCUAAAGCUUAGUGUCUUCCAAUUAUAGACAGAGCUAUCGCGAUGACCGAAACAGACAGGUCGUGGGUUUUGAACGAGUCCCUCAUGCUCAUUAGCAUAUGCACUGAAGAGCGAUUGCCUUUGUGAAUGAAGUACCGGCAAUAUUGACUUGUUUAGACUGUUUAAAUGUACUUCUUUUCUUUCAGAAUUCAGCGAGAGUUAGCCGAGAUCUCCUUGGACCCUCCGCCAAAUUGCAGGUAAAUUCUCCGCUUCGAAUAUCACGCUGAACUCCUUCACUUCUUGUUUGGACUGAAAACAAUAGAAUUGCGGUUUUUGUUUCCUGAAUAGCCGGCCUGUUAUUAAAAUUGAACUCUCUUUAUGUUAUAUAGAUCAACUAUUUCGGAAGCGAGUAUAUUUUGCCCCAAAACUGUCAAGUCGGCCACACUAGUCAUCAAAUAUUCCUCCAAUUAGGAAUUUUCUGCGAACAUGAUAUACAUAGAUAAAUUAUUUAUUUAAAAGGGGUAAAGACGACAUUUAAUCGCUCCACGUGGGAGUAAAAUGUGUAAAAGACUCAUUGUUUUUCUUUAUGGUUCAGUCAUGCUAAGACUUGCCAUGCAUGAAUAGCCGUCAAGCUACCCUUGGCUUCAAGGUUCUUGUACGAAAACAGAGACCUCGCUUGGUCGCGACUCUUUUCUCGCCAUCAUUUUGUAAUGUCUGCUCUAAUUGCAGUAACGGCAUAAUCGAUAUAUUUAACUGGCGAAGUAGCAAGCCUUCCUGGGUACUCAAUUGUUGAUAUUAUACCUGAUAUACUUUAUGUAAAUCAACAGAUUCACGUCAGCUGUAGGCAGGUCAGACAGAUAUUAAGGUCGUUUUUGUCAGAAAGAUUGAGCUCUUUUUAACUUCUAUGAUUUUAAUUAUUCAUCUUGUUUUGACGUUAUGGUAUAUUACCAAUACCGUACGGAAUUUUCAUAACACGAAGUAAGGUCUGAGUAAGAUGACCGGGGUAUUAAAACAAAAAUGAAAAAUCGUUGUCCUUGCUUUCUGUCGUACGCCAAUUUUUGCCUUUGAUUUUACUGAAAUCUUUUUCCGGUUCUAGCUUCAGAAGACGUAUUUUUAAUGUCAAUUCUGUAGGUUGUUUACCACGGUAGAUAUCAAGCAAAUAUUGAGAUUCGCUCUGGCAGACUGCUAUUUAUUUAAAUAAGAGCUUAGGAAAAUUGAAUUUUUAAAAGGGCACCCAAAAAUACGUAAAUUAUGACAAACAUAUGACCAUGAAAAUCAAAGCGUGUCGAUCACAAGUGCUUAUUUUGUGAAGGGUCGUAUGAUAUUCGAGGCAUUUUUAAGUAAAAAUGAUAUUCGACUUAAAGUGAAAAGUAAAGUUUUUAAAAGGUUAAUCAAAUGAUUAAACAUAUCAUAUGUUCUAUAAUAUAUCAUCUUUGAUAAAUUCCAAACGGUUUGUUAUUCAGAACUAUUUUACACCAGGAAGUUCAACAAUUGUCUACGAAACAAACCAACUGCAACCUAAGUUAACUUGGUCCAAUAUUUCAUUUUGAAAACAAAGCUGUUACUUUGACGAGCUAUGACUAAAAAUAAUUGCACCUAUAAAACGUUGCUACAGUACAAACUACUAAAGUUAUAGAAUGGAACUAUGACUAUAGUAUAAAUCUAUAGUUGUAUCAUAAAAUCUGACAGUAAAUAAUAUAAAAUAAAGUAUUGCUGUGCAAUAUAAGGAUUACUUACUUGUGACGGAUAUAUGGCGUUUUGAAUUAAUGGCAAAAAUACUUAAAAUGCCUCAAAAAAUAGAGCAGAGUAAACAAAUAGCUGUUACCUUAACUAUAGCGUAAGGAAAGUCGGAAAGGCCGGUUGUGUCGUUUAUUCCGGGACCGGCAAGUUUUCUUUCCUUCUUUAACAAGUUUCCAAAAAAACCCUGAUCAAUAUAGUGCUAAUUAAUAUAAAUAGAAAGCUACUUAAAAUACUUCAAAUAACAAAACGAUGUAAAUAGCUGGCAUCUUUUUGGCGGGUUUAUCACUUAGUCAAACUCUUCAGCGAUUACCGGUAUGUUCAUUGUUUUAUAAACUCAAAGUCGUAAUAGCUUAAAUCAUUUUUGACUGGGCCGAGUCUGUUCUGCCCUUCACUUUGACAUGCUUAUUCUUUGACCGUUCUAUUUUUUACCGUCAGGAUCUAUUUUUUUCCGUUAAUAAUACCAUUAGUUCACCCGCUGUAACACUAAGGUUCCUUCACCUGGCUAAUUUUGGCCCUCAGGGUCCAGAUGUAAUGGGUUCGCGUGUAGCUCAUCAGGCAGAAUUUUGGAGACUUUGUGUUCAGAAAAAGUUACUGAAACGGAUGAUCCUAGUGUAAAAAAAGGGCCUUCUUAGUCACACUUUCGGGGUGUAAAAGGGGCUUUGUCAGGAUAUCUGCUAUCUUUUUAAAAGCCAAAUCAGUUUUUAUUUUUGUAUCAAUUGAAUUAAAAAAAUAAUGAUCCAGUUUUGUUAUUGAAGACUAUAUUUAGGCCUUGAAAUUGUUUCCUGUCGUCUGUUGUUAGGAUGGCAAGAAUAUACAUGGAUUAAAAAUUGAACAAUGUCGCCCAACUUUUUCAAGUUUAAUGCUAUAUGCCUGCUCCGGGGGGGGACUCCGCAUGUGAAAGGGGUGGGGAUGCUAGUCGUCUCGCUUAGGGGUGUAAAUCUCGGAUUUUGGUCUCAGUUAGGGUGUUCUGGGCAAAACGCUAUUAUAUUUAGCCGUGAAGGUCUCGUUUAGGGUUGCACGCGAAAAAAUAUAAAAAUAUAUAUUUGAUAUGUAUAUUUUUAAUGCGUUUUAUUUACCCCAUUCAUAUAAUCCAAGGUUUCUCAUUUUCUCCUUAUAGGGGUCAAGAAAAGCUUGGGCCACGCCCAGAUCGGUCUCCUUUUGGGGUUUAAUUCAAAAUUUCCGACGAGCAUCCCCACCCCUUUCAUAUGCGGAGUCCCCCCCGGAUGCCUGCACAAAUCACCAAAAUUAUUUGGUAUCUUUUUCGUAUCUCCAAAGGAACAUUUUGUGCAAAGGAAAAGGCACUAAGCCAUGACUUCCGCACAGAGCUCAAAACAGCAAUAUCCUCGUUGGACUUUCAAAAAAGUCCUUCGUCGCUUCGCGGCCUAAAAAGCUCGCUCCGCUCGCUAAGAAACUCGUGAGGUCGACUUGUAGCAAGUCUAUAUCCUCGUGACAUCGGCUCCUAUGAGGGUAUGUCUAACUUGCGUCUACAUUGGGAAAAGAAAAUCGCACGGUUCGGUGUACCUUAAAUGGACAAAAUUAUGGCUGCCUUGGUCUCUAGAAAUAGGAACAGAAACGAUCUUGGUUUUAAAAUGGGUUUUUUGUGUCACUUAGGGGGAUUUUGAGAGUGUGUCUAUAAAACUGAGUCUAGAUUGGGAAAGGAAAAUGGAAGUGGUGGCUUUGCUGAUUCAAAUUGGGAAGGGGAAAAAUUAUAGAUUUGAUCGGUAUUCUGGGACGCUUCCGCUUUCGUCUGGGUGUCAAUAAACAAGUUGCCAAAUAGAAACCUGAUAAAUAUUUCAGUGAUUAAGAUAAAUCCGUUGACAAUUGAGCCUGGAGUAAUGUGACGUUACUUUGAUUUUGAAUUGCUUCGUUUUGUGAUAAUUUCGUUUUGUGAUAACAUCGCUCCUUGUGUUUCUUUUUUACUGUAAUGUCGGCUUGCGCAAAAGAGAAGCGAGGUUUUCGAAGAGUAAGUAAUAGCGAAUCAACCAUAAGGUGCUUGCACAUUUCAGCUUAUCGGAUUGUCUGCGUCGAGUGUGAUUGAGAGCCUAUUGAGUUUUGAACUCUUAUUUUUGAGUUGUUCCUUUCUCACUGCAUUUUAGUCACGAUUACAUCCCAGCAGGGGGGUGUGGAGUGAUGGGGGAUUCCAAUUGUUCAGCCGAUAUCCCGUUUUACGGUUUCGGACCCAAGGCCAUUCCUGCAGUCAGAAAUAUCUAAACUACGUAAUGGUUUAUGGUUGUCGCCCAAAAUGUUUCGUUACUUUUCUUUAUGAUUCUUAAAGCUGUCACAUCCAGUCAAGUAAAGUUACUUAGACACGUAAUUUUAACUAUGCCGUUUUGAGCUUUGAGUCUGAGGACAAAAUCCUAUCGUGUUACCAUUCAAAUGAAACCCCUUCGAUUCAGCAGUACUUUCACGGCAUGGUACUAAAUAUUUAGUACGUAGUUCUGACUUUUGAAUCUUUGGAUGAAAUCCUGUGGUGUUACCUUUCAAAUAAAACUCUUCAGCAGUACUUUCAAGUGGUAACAUCCACUUCGGAUGUAGUUUUAUAAACUUUUGAGUCUGUGGACGAAAUCCCAUCGUGUUACCAUUCAAAUGAAACCUCUUCAGCUGUACUUUCAUUGCAUAGUACCAGGAGCCAAUCGGCUCCUGAUGGUACCCUCUAUUUUAAAGUGGGUGUUUCCAACUUUUGAGUCUGUAGACAACGCUGUUACGUGACUAUUCAAAUAAAACCUCUUGAACAGCACUCUCAAAUAUUACUUGUUGUUCUCUGUAUUUUUCAACAUUAAGCCUGAAAAUUUUCUUUAACUCGCAGGGAGUACAAGGAUUAAUUCACGUUUUCAUUUGUUCACAGCGCGGGUCCCAAAGGCGACAAUCUUUACGAGUGGUGCUCCACGAUUCUGGGUCCUGAGAAAUCUGUGUACGAAGGUGGAGUGUUCUACCUUGAUAUUUCUUUUCCUAUGGAUUAUCCUUUCAAACCUCCAAAGGUAAGUCAAAAUUUAGGGUAGAUCGGAGAGUGCGUAUUCCGGAAUAGAAGUAGCCUACGCGCGAGCAAGCUCUCCAUUGCGAGUGGCGGGCGAACGCGCGUUUCCUUUCGCGUGCGGCCGGCUCUCGCAUGACUUCUCGCGACUCCCCCCAAAAGGAGGGCUUGCACGCAGGUUAGAAUAGAAAAAACGCAGAAACUAUGAUAGAAAUCUCUUAUACCGCGAAUUCUAGGCCACUUCAGUGCUAAUAUUUUAUUUCAACAAUAUUUGAUUCAAUCAAUGCCAAAACUAGUGAUUUCUAAAGUUAAUUCCGUUUUCCUUUUACUACGGCCGGAUAGGGUCAAUCGAUCUUACCCUCCGGUUUAUAGAAUUUUAAUCUUCGGCGGGGUCGCUACCCUGCCUGCAGAGGCCUCUUUUCCCUUGUCAUUCGCUGGGUAGGCAGGAAGAAAAGAGAGUCUCUUAUCCUCAUUGCCUGCCCCAUACUCUUUCGCAUAAAUGUCAGGUUUUGACGAUCAAAACCGCCCGGUCCAUCCCAGGCAACAGCUACCUACAAUUUACCUGGCCUGUUGCAAUUUGUGCGAUAAUAAAUGUUAUUCCAAAUUACCUGACUGGAUUCGCGUUGUUUAAGUUAGAAUUCUCACCUUUGAGCUGUUUCUGGAUUUGAUACGUCUGAGAAAAUUAGAAUAUAAUGUGCGUUCGUUGUGUAGUUUGUCACACGUUUUUGUCAUGCAUCAGUUUUGAAAUGAUGAUGAUUCGGCUAAAAAUACACGUUCAGCUGAUUUGUGAAAGAUCAUGGGAUAAAUUACAACCCAUAGACGAAACACGUAAAGUCCAAAAAUAUAUUGACUUCUCUCUGCGUGGAUAAUUCGAUGCCGAAAAAUAACACGACCUUUUAACAGGAUUAACUGAAUUCUUCAACUGAGAUUAAAUUGAUUCGUUUCGGCGUCACUGAAGACAGAGGAUUUUUUUUCAAAACCUUAAUACAAGUGUUUCCGGCCGAUCAUCCGGCUUUAAUGUAUUUGAUAACCCCUGGUAUUAAUUUACGACCGAAGGGAAUACUGCCCUUUCUAAUACCUUUCUCACACUUUUCGGAGGAUAUCGAAAGAAAAACAAACGAGCAAUUUGCAGCUCUAUAUAAAAGUGCUCUUGUUUCCUGAAACCUUAACCAUCGGGGUCCUUGUUCAAGAGCCGAUUUACAGUAAUAAAGGAUCGAAACUUAGCAGAUAAUCAUCGGACAAUCACUCUUUCGAACUCUUAAGAUUGCCAGCAAUUAGAAUAUGAUGACAAAUGAAAAUAAGUACCCCAAAAUUUCGUUUUUGUCCGCUAAACCCAGGAUUGAAACACGGCUGUCAUCCAUGUGACAAAUAAAGGAAUUGUCCCAAUUUUUUUUUUUUUUAAAUAUUACAAAAUAGAUCAGUGACACUAUGUCAAAAGGGCUCUGAAGAGUCAAACCUUAGUUUUUUGUCUAGCCAAUGUACAGCCAUCUACUCCCUUCAGGGAGGGGGGAGGGGUAUCGGUGCACAUAUGCAGGCCAAAUCUAUACUUUGUAUUUGUUUUAGCCCCUUGCGAAGGUUUAUGUUUCAAACCGAAAUGUCGUGUACAGAAAAUAUAAACUUUAUCAUUUUCUUCUUCUUCUUCUUCUUCUCUUCGGCGUAAGGAUUAGUUUAGAUGCUUUUUCUACAAUUUUGUUGGACUUCAGAGAAUCUCAGAUUCUCGCUCUCUUUGUUGCCCACUUCAGCGUCUUUCUUUCGCAUGAAAUUGUGGGUGGCUAACUUUUAAGGAAAGGGACAAAUUUAGUCAGCAAAGAGUAGGUAAAUAGCGAAUGUUCCAAGUGGAACGAAAACGACUAAAGUGAUCGUCAAAGGGUUAAAGUUAAAGUUUCUACAGACGCGAAACUUAAAAUUACAUGUUGGUUGUCUACUAUUUACAUGGACGAACCGGUCGGUUCACGGUUUGGGCAUUGUGGUACGCAAAAUUCAGGACUUGUAGCCCAGGAAUUGGGUUUACCAUUUGAACAAAUCAGUUCCAUUUACCGAAAAACGACCGUGAACGCCUGGAACUGGCAUCAAAGAUGGCUUUGACGAAUGGUACACGAAUUUGCGUUUCAAUAUUCCGUUCGGAAAAACAGCACUACCUUUUCAGGUGUUCCGUUGCUCCCGGACAUUUCCCUCUGGAACAACCCAAAAAGUCGUGUUCCAUUUACUUUCCGACCCGACUUCCGGAAACUUUUUAAAUAGUAUUUUCGCAAAUUAUUAAAUGGUAUUUUCGCUUGCUUGCGUGCUUGCUUGCUUGCUUGGGUGAGCAUACGCGUUUGCUUGUUUGAAUGUAACAACGUAUUGUAACAGUUUUAGCCAAACUGAAGAGGUUUGAAUAAACGAGACUUGUCUUAAGGCUAAAAUAAAGGCUAGUGCGUGAAAGACUAUUCGUGAAACUCAGUACAAUAGUUAUGAGGAUUAUCGCAAAUUAAGUGUUUGUUGUUUUUGCUGCACAUAGGUGUCUUUCCGCACAAGAAUAUACCACUGCAAUAUUAACAGCCAGGUCAGUGAAAUUAAUUAAAAUCUUAUUUGUUUACAUAUGAUAGGAUGAAGUUAUUUGACCAUAACUGCACUGAUUCUCCGUUUUGUUUUUUCUUCCUUGUUGAAACGAGGACUGUUGAUAACAAGGGUUCACUAGGAAUAAGCUCUCUUCUGUUCUUCUGUGUCGGCCCGGGGGUCCGUUAUCUCUUCUUUCAAUUUUUGUCCUAUUGCCCUCGCUCUUGGUAAAUGCCGUAAACUUUCAAGGAACAACCAGACCAUUCUCUAGUUCGUUUAAAGGAAAACGUAUUAAGCGCCCUCUUUCGAAUAAGCCCCAUCCUUUAAGCUGAAAUUUAAAAAAAAGCGCACGGGCGCUUAUUCGAGGAAAGACGGUAUGCAGAUAAAAUCAAUGACGAUUAAACCAACAAAUAGCAGAAGGGAUGCAGUGACAAACGAGUUGACAGUCUGUGGUUAAAAGUGUUCUUAGCUCCAAACGCUUGUACCUUUUAGGGUGUAAUUUGCUUGGACAUUCUCAAAGACAGCUGGAGUCCAGCCCUCACCAUUUCUAAAGUUCUUCUCUCAGUUUGCUCGCUUCUCACAGACUGCAAUCCAGGUAACUACUUUACAAAAACUGUACAUAAUUUCGUGAGCACUGGAACGAUUGGACUGAGCUAUCUCAGUGAUUUUGUUACAAAUAGUCAUGGUGAGAUCCUGGGACUCAUCUUGUGAUAAUCAUGAGUCCCAGUCCAGAACUGAAGGUAAAUUUAAGGGGUAAAUCCAUAGCCAGCCUUACAGUCCCGGUCAUUUCUUUAACCGGUCAGUCGGUAGAGCGCUGGCUACUGCAGAAUGGGAGGUUGCGGGCUCGAUAUCCGGGGCCUGACCGAUUACUCAAAGGUUUAAAAGAAUUUGGAAGAAGGUACUGUCUUUGCCCCGGAAACGGCGAAACCUUCACGUGGCUCGGAUGGACACGUAGAAAUGGCGAUCCUGUCUCCAUUCGGACACGUAAAAAUAGUGCCCUCAAUUAUAGUCCUUGCUGCUAGAAACAAAAAUUAAUCGAGGUAGUUUUUUUGUUUAUUUAUAUGUAGGUGAUCCCCUAGUCGGCAGCAUUGCAACUCAAUAUGUAAACGAUAGAGAGGAACAUGAUAAGACAGCACAGGAAUGGACAAAGCGAUACGCAACAUGACAAUGGUACAGCAGCCAGUAAUGUAAUAAAAUAAUUUUUCCAAACCCUUUUACUUCGGAAAGUGAUGUGAGAAAAUCCAAAUUUUAAUUUGUAAAAUAAUUUAAAGAACUCAAAGUAAUGCAAAAGAGGUCAGUUUCACUUGAUAGUCACACCAUAGGAUUUUGUUCACAGACUUAAUAAUUAGAACCAACUCGUACA